AUGAGUACUUCUAACAAUUCACGGGAUAACCAAGGGGGGAAUGGUCUUACUAAGAAUGCUAAUAGUGGUUUAACCGAUAGUGUGAGUGAAAGUAAUAAGAUAACACCUUUUAAGAAGCACUACAGUAUGGGACGGAUUACGAGUAGCAAUGAAGCUGGCGCCUAUGUCUCUGAUAUUGAAAAGCCACAAUAUGAAGUAGUAGCUGAUAGUGGUGUAGUGCUGACUGGGUCAGGUAACGCACAAAGUAAUGUUGUUAGGAACGAGGAUAUAGUUACCGAGGGUAUCAAUAUGAAGCACUACAGAGGGUUACACCAUCCUACUUUCACUAAGGCUAAUCAGUUCGUUACUUCUCCACUUGCGAACCAGGUUAGACCCACGCCUAAGAAGGUCCGUGUGAGUCCAAAAGGGUAUAAUACUUGGCGGGCGUCGCCAUCUUCUCCCUCGUCCGAUAAUUCAGAUGAUGAUCUUCGAUCAGGGGGGAUAGAACACAAUGUAUCAAGGUCACCAGGAUUACCACAACAGCCGCAGGGUCCGGAGCCUAUCAAAAGGAUCCCUUCUCGUGCGGGCUCCUUUUUAAAGCGUUUAGCAGGUCGUAAAAGUUCGUUGAACGGAGAUGUUACUGCUGCUGAUGUAGAGUUACUGAAUUCGACUCCAAUGCCCUCAUCUUUGAGAAGAAAAAUGAAUUCUUUUAUACACGGAAUUGAACCUAAGCGAGAUAUUAAACCCCAAAUUGGGGCUAUGAUGCCUUCGAAUGAACGCCGUGGUUCUGCUGCGAGCGUUAACAGUUUUCCCUCAACCACUCUUUGGCAGGAAGGACGCAAGUCGUCUCUCGUGGAUUCAAUGACUGGAUCUCCUACGGCAACAACGGUAUCCAAUGCAUCUAAUAGUGGGUUGCCGCUUUUUGUUUCUGAUACAGACCAAAAUGGUAUUCCUCAGAAUAUGCAACCGUCUAACUAUUUAGCUGAUGGCUCUGCAUCCUCUGCGGACCCACCCAAGCCUGGAGCAUAUUUUAAUUUGGACAUCGAUUUGAAUAAUAUAUCGGACAUUACUAGUACCCUCCAGCCGAGUUCCAACCUUCAUGAAAAUAGUGGCACAUCUCUGCAUGCAGGAGUAAACUCUGAUAGCGGUGGGAUAUCAAGUGAUCGUCUCCACCCUAAUUAUAUGUCGCAUAGUGACGUAUACUCCCUAAAAUCUACAACACAAUGGACGGCACCGGAAUCGUGGGAUAUAGAUGGCCGUGUUGUAAAGCCAGCCAAACAUAAGCAAAGAUGCCAUAAUCCUAACCAUCAUCACCAUCAAAAUCAAAACUAUACUCAGACACAUCAUACUGGUAAUUCAGAGGCUGGUCCAACCUCCUCUCUUUUUAAUACACCACAAGGAUCUGUUAGCUUUGAGGCUAAAGGUAGGUCUGCUGGUCAGCAACCUCAUUCACGCCCUCUUGUUCAGAGAGCUGUGUCCCCAAUUAGUAUGCUGAGUUCGGAUAGUAUCACUUCUAGUCAUUCGGAUUCAUGUGAACUAUCUGUUGACAGUGCAGUCGAAGAUUCAAUCCCAAGUGGAAGACCUGGCUCGCCACUCGUUCCUACGUCACCAAAUAUAACGUACAAUGAGUACAAUAGUGAUCAAGAGUACGAUAAGCUUGAACAGCAUUUGGAUAAAUACUAUAAUGAUCUAAGUGAUAUCGAUUAUAAAAAGAAGUAUGCCAUUAGAAUCUUUAACAUGGACUAUACCUUUACAACAUUAUCAUGUACACCAGACACUACAGUUAAAGAUAUGAUUCCCCAAAUAAAAAGAAAAUUUAACGUAACUCAAGGCAAUUAUCAGGUUUCUUUAAAGAUAGGUAAAAUGGCAAAGGUAUUAAAACCUUCAGUGAAGCCUAUUUUAAUCCAAAUUAGACUAAUGUUGUUGAACGGAUAUAAACGUUCUGAUCCAUUGAAUAUUAUGGGAAUUGAAGAUUUGAGCUUUGUGUUUAAUUUUGUUUUCCAUCCAGUAGUGACUUCCCAACUCACAUAUGAGCAACAGCAACGUCUGAAUAAUGGUGAAUUUGUACAUGUUGACUUGCGUAAUAUGGAUUUGACUAUUCCGCCUAUUAUUUUUUACCAGCAUACUUCGGAAAUCGAGAGUUUGGAUGUUUCUAAUAAUGUUAACAUAUUUCUGCCUCUGGACUUUAUUGAGAGUGUUGUCAAGUUAUCAAGCUUAAGGAUGGUUAAUAUAAGGGCUUCUCGUUUUCCUGCCAAUAUCUGUGAAGCAACAAAAUUAGUAUCCCUUGACUUAGAAAGGAAUUUUAUCAAAAGGAUUCCUGAUAUUAUCUCAAAGCUUUCCAACCUAACAAUUUUAAACCUGAAGUGCAAUGACCUAGAGAGGCUGCCAAGGGGUUUCAAAGAUUUGAAGAAUUUACAAUUACUUGAUAUUUCCUUCAAUAAAUUUCACACUUACCCAGAAGUUAUUAACUAUUGUACAAAUCUGCUGCAGAUCGAUCUAUCUUACAACAAAAUCAGGAGUAUACCGGAUAGUAUAAACCAGUUAACAAAGUUGGCGAAGAUAAAUCUCUCUAACAAUAGGAUCAUGAGUGUAGGCCCACUUACAAGAAUGACCGAUCUUCGUACAUUGAAUUUGCGGCAUAAUCGGAUAUCAACGAUGAAGUGCAGAGCGCUUAACCUCCAGAAUUUAUUUCUAACUGAUAAUAGACUUACCGUUUUUGAAGACGACUUGGUUAUGCUGCGGACUUUGGAAUUGCAGUCAAAUCCUCUUACUAUGCUAAAAUUCAGAGGGGAUAACUUACAAAAUUUAACAAGUUUGACUAUAAAUAAAGCGAAGUUGUCUAGAUUACCCGAUGACUUGUUUUUAAGGUUACCAGUCUUGGAAAAACUUGAACUGAAUGAAAACAACUUAACAUCAUUAACAUCGCAGAUAAAAUAUUUGAAGAAACUCGUUCAUCUUUUGGUGGCCAAAAACAAAUUAGAAAGUUUACCAGAUGAGAUAUCGACUUUGAAAAAUUUAAAAUUCUUGGAUCUUCAUUCGAAUAAUUUAUUGGUAUUACCGCAAUCAAUUACUUCACUUCAUCUGACGUCCUUGAAUAUCUCCUCUAAUUUACUAGUAGAUCAUGGUGAAUUUUAUCGUGAGCUUCUCGAAAAUUCAGGUAAUUUGGCGAAGUCUUUAAUGUUUUUUAGCGCUGCAGAUAAUCAAAUUACAGAUAAGAUAUGGGGCUUUGUUAACGCAUUUAAGUCGCUAAAGGUCUUGAACUUAUCUUACAACAAUAUUAUGACUUUGCCUGAAUUAGAAUUGAACAAUUUGACUGAGCUGUAUCUAUCGGGAAAUCAUUUAAGCAGUUUGACAGGGGAAACAUUUUUGAAGCUAAGAUCAUUGAAGGUUUUAAUGCUGAAUGGGAAUAAUUUGCAAUCUUUACCAGCUGAGAUUUCGUUACUCUCUCAACUUACUGUCUUAGACGUUGGUUCCAAUCAAUUGAAGUAUAAUAUAUCAAACUAUCACUAUGAUUGGAAUUGGCAACAAAAUACCGAAUUAAGAUACCUAAAUUUUUCUGGAAAUAAGAGGUUUGAAAUAAAAUCUGCGAUAGACUAUGAAACUAAUACUGAUCUUUCUGAUUUUACGAUGUUAAAACAGCUCAGGGUUUUGGGUUUGAUGGAUGUGACAUUAAAUACUUCUAAGGUUCCUGAUGAUAGCGUUAAUUUUAGAUUAAGGACAAUGGGCUCGAUGAUUAACGGUAUGGAAUACGGUGUGGCUGACACGUUAGGGCAGAAAGCUGCUGUGUCUACAAGAGAUGUUACUUUUGAGCGGUUCAGAGGUAACGAAGAUGAAUGUCUAAUCUGUUUGUAUGACGGUAUUAAUGAUCAAACAAACUCUGGUCACAAAGUUUCACAACUCGUUCGGGAUAUAUAUGAUCGUAUCCUGGUUAGAUCAUUAGAAAAAUUUGGCGACAAAAACUCAACAGAGAUCAUUGACGCAUUACGGUUCAGUUUCUUGCAAUUGAAUAAAGAAAUCAACAGUGCUAUAAACUCUGUUGACAGUAGAAACAAUGAUACUAUAAAUUUAACGGCCACCGAAUCACUAACAGGUGCAUCUGUGACUGUGGUCUAUAUGAAAGGCAAGCAAAUGUACACUGCUAAUGUUGGAAAUGUAACGGCUAUACUAUCGAAAGGUAACGGUGAUUACAGUAUUUUAACACAUAAACAUGACCUCUCUGAUAAAAAAGAGUUUGAAAGAGUUAGAAUAUCUGGUGGCUACGCCAAUAAUAACAAAUUAAAUGGAGUAUCAGAGGUUUCUAGAGCAGUCGGGUUUUUCGAUCUCCUACCUCACAUAUAUGCUUCACCUGAUACUACUGAAACUACAUUGAUGAGUACUGAUGAUAUGCUAAUCAUAGCAACGAACAAUUUGUUCUGUUAUUUGAGUAAUGAGAAAAUUGCCGAUUUCGCUAGAGAGAACAAAACGCAACCUAUGUUAGCUGCAGAAAGGCUGAAGGAUUGUGCAAUAGCAUAUGGUUGUAAUGAAAAAAUAACAGUUAUCUGCAUUUCAUUUGAUAAGAAUAUUGGAAGACAAAGCCAAUUUUCAUUUAAUAAUGAUUUACUAUUUGGGAAGAGGUUAAAGAAUUUCGAGGACCUGAUGCCAAAAAGACUACAAGCGGAAAUUUCUCCACCUACUGGUAUAUUGGCAAUUGUUUUUACUGAUAUAAAAAACUCAACCUUUUUGUGGGAAUUAUUCCCUAAUGCAAUGAGGACAGCUAUUAAAGUGCAUAAUAAUAUCAUGAGGAAAAAACUCCGUGUGUUUGGUGGAUAUGAGGUCAAGACAGAAGGUGAUGCUUUCAUGGUUGCUUUUCCAACACCUAUUAGUGCAUUGGUGUGGUGUUUAACAAUUCAAAUGAAGCUUUUGCAAGUUGAAUGGCCUGAGGAAAUAGCGUCUUUAAAGUAUGGCUGUAUGUUCACCGAUGAGAAUGGAGAAGCUGUAUAUCCAGGAUUAUCUGUACGUAUGGGUAUUCACUGGGGAUGUCCAGUCCCUGAGAUCGAUAUAGUUACUAAGAGAAUGGACUACUUAGGGCCAAUGGUCAACAAGGCUGCUAGAGUUUCUGGCAUUGCUGAUGGGGGCCAGAUUACUUUAAGUAGCGAUUUUGUCGCAGAAUUUAACAAAAUCAUGCGGCUACAUAAGAUGGUUACUGAAGAAAAGAAGCCAUUAAAAUCCGUCUACGGUGAAGAGUUUGUCGGUCAGGUGCUGGAAAGGGAAAUUCAAAUGUUAGAAAACAUUGGAUGGGUAUUUGAGGAUUUAGGUGAACAAAAGCUUAAGGGUUUAGAAACUAGAGAAUUUAUCACAAUUGCAUACCCUAAGUCUUUUGCUCUAAGGCGCAGUUUUUCUAAGGAACAAGAUUCAUGUAUGUUUGAUAAAGAUCAUCUGUUUAAGCUAGAGAAAGUGUCUGAAACUUUGGAAAAUAUCCUAUCUGUGAUUAAUGGUGGUUUGAUGGAAGUUGAAAAUAAUGCAUUGAUGAAUACAUACCUAACUAAUGAUAGGGGUGUAGAUUUUUCAGUCGUUAAUAUGACGGGUAAUGCGUGGUUAUCAUUUUUAGAUCAAUUAGUAACUAGGGUGGAAUCAACGGUAGCAAUAUUGCAAUUGCGCCAACGCACAGAAAAUGGUUUGAAGUUAUGUAGAACUGGAGGUAAACCGAAAAAGUCUGUGUUUGAGUUGUUGGAUGAGCUAUUAGCAGUAAACGGGACCAAUAAUGCUCUUCCUGCUACAUUAGAUAGUGGUCAAAAGGACAAUUAA